AUGGUGUCUCUGACCGACUUCCAGCCCCUCCCGUCUUCCACAGGGAUUGGAGUGGGGCUGGUUGGCUUCGGCCUCUUCUUCCUCCUUUUUGGGAUGCUCCUGUACUUUGACUCCGUGCUCCUGGCCUUUGGGAACAUCCUCUUCCUCUCUGGCUUGGUCUUCAUCAUCGGCUUCAGGAGGACCUUCACCUUCUUCUUCCAGCGGCCCAAGCUGAAGGGCACCAGCUUCUUUUUCGGGGGGCUGAUCGUCGUCCUCAUGCGGUGGCCGAUCCUGGGGAUGCUGCUGGAGGCCUACGGCUUCAUCACCCUCUUCAGGAGCUUUUUCCCGGUGGCUUUCGGGUUCCUGGGCUCGCUGGCAAACAUCCCCCUGCUGAGCCAGCUCUUGCAGAAGGUGGGAGACAGCGGCUCCAUGGUGUGACCUGACCUGGGACGGGCCGAGUGGCUGAGGUGGGAUGGUGGCAGUGAGCCCUGGGUCCUGCUGGCCCUGGGGUUGUCUCUCUUGGCCCAGGGACCCUCAAUGCUGUCAGGAGU